AGAAAUCGAUUUUAUAGCUCUUCCUCUCGUCAUUUGUCCUCUUCUUCCUCUCUCAGACCAGACAGAAGCUGUCUUUUAUCCGAAGAAUAUAGGGUUUUCAUUUCUCUCGUAUAAUCCAAAUCGUCGAAACCCUAAUACAUCUACAUCAGGCUCUAGCAUCCUUGUCGAGUUUGCUCCCUUGUUUCAACCAAGGUUCAUGUCAGAUCUUGAAGUUCAAGUCCCCACUGCCUUUGAUCCGUUUGCUGAUGCAAAUGCUGAGGACGCUGGAGCAGGAGCUGGAACAAAGGAAUACGUGCACAUACGUGUUCAGCAGCGUAAUGGUAGAAAAAGCCUGACCACUGUCCAGGGCCUUAAGAAAGAGUAUAGCUAUACCAAGAUCCUUAAAGACCUUAAGAAAGAGUUCUGCUGCAAUGGCACUGUCGUCCAGGACUCUGAACUAGGACAGGUUAUUCAGCUUCAAGGUGAUCAGAGGAAGAACGUCUCUACUUUCCUUGUUCAGGCUGGUCUUGUGAAGAAGGAUAACAUCAAGAUCCAUGGUUUUUGAGCAAACUCUAUAUACUUGUUGUUGUUGUUCAUCUUUGCACAACGAGUUGAAUUUGCGGAAUCAAUCAUCCCUUCUCAAAGGCAGCACUAUAAACAAUCACUUAUGUAUUAUUAAUGCUUUUCUUCUAUAUAUAUUGUGUCCGAAAAAUUAAAUGGUUUGCUUAUGAGCGGAUAUAACAAAUGUAUGAACUUUUC